GCUAGAGAAGAUGGCGGAUGUGCUGAAGGCGGAAGCAGGGCAGUGUGGGCGGUCGUGCGUUGUGUGAGAGUCAUCCUGCAUGGACUCGUCGCCAUGAGCAACAAGGAGAUGGUUUCCACGGAGACAGAGAAUAAAGGACAGAGGAAGGUGUUUCUUCCCAACAAGCUGUUGGAGUGUCUCCCUCGCUCGUCCGGUCUGCCUAACGAGCGGCUGAGGUGGAACACUAACGAGGAGAUCGCUUCUUACCUGAUAUCAUUUGACAGACAUGAUGAGUGGCUCUCCUGCACGCUGAAAACCAGGCCAAAGAAUGGCAGCAUCAUCCUGUACAACAGAAAGAAGGUGAAGUACAGGAAGGAUGGAUACUGCUGGAAGAAAAGGAAGGAUGGAAAAACGACGAGAGAGGACCACAUGAAGCUGAAGGUCCAGGGCAUGGAGUGCCUGUACGGCUGCUACGUCCAUUCCUCCAUUGUGCCAACAUUCCACAGACGAUGCUACUGGCUGCUGCAGAACCCAGACAUUGUGCUGGUCCACUACCUGAACGUGCCAUCCCUGGAGGAUUCUGGGAAAUGCAGUCCGCUGCUCUGUGCAGUGGCCGACCGCCACGACAGCGUGAGGUGGAGCCGAGACGACCUGCUGAACCAGCUGAAGCCUAUGUUUCACAGUAUGAAGUGUUCACUGGGCUCAGGAGAUUUCAGCAUCGAGGAGUUGGUUCAACACAUCCUGGACCGACAGAGAACCAAGCCACAGCCUCGCACACACACCUGUCUGUGUAACACCGCCCAGGUUUCUACAGGAGUGAACAUUCCCCACCGCUGUAACAGCACCAAGCAUCGCAUCAUCUCCCCCAAACUGCCCCCCUCCUCCUGCAGACCCUCCCCCCUCUCCUCUGAGGCGGGGGAGGCGGGGAGGGGAGGGGGAGGAGGAGAAGCCAAACUGCCCCACCUCCAGGCUCAGAGCAGCCCGGUGUCGUCUCCUAGCCCCUCCUCCACCUCCGCCUCCUCUCCGCCUCAGCCCCACAGAGCCACCAUCACCAUGAGUAACCACGGCAAUGGCUUCUACAGCGACCGUUGCAGUAACCUGACGACAGUGGCGCUGCCCCAGAAUGCUGUGAUCGUCAUGGCGACGACAACCGCACUCGCAGGAGGAAGAGGGGGGCAGGGGGGAGGUGGCGGUGUGGGCGGGGCCAGAGGGGAGGAGGCGGGGCAGAGGGGAAGCCUGCUUGCUCCUCACCCCCUCCUCAUCAAACACCACAUCCUCCACCACCUCCCUCUGCUCCCCUCCUCCUCCUGCCGCCACCUCCCCUCCUUCUACCCCCAUUUCCCCGUUACACCGCCCCCACCCUCCCCCAUCUCUCCCCUCCCCGCCUUUGACCCAGACUCCUUCCUCAACUCCCCAAAACAGGGCCAGACGAGAGACUCAGCCCCCCCCCUCUCCUCCUCCUCUUCGUCGUCCUCCCCACCUUCGUCCACACUCCCCCCCUCCCUCUCCCUCUCACUGUGUCCCACCUCCUCUGUGGCCCCGCCCCUCCUCCCCCUCUGCCUGGAGCUGGGAGCUCUGGGGGAGUCGGGGGGAGUGAGGGAGGAGGAAAAGGUGGGGAGAGAAGGAGAGGUGAAGGACAGAAGAGAUGAUGAUGAUGACGAUGACGAUGAUGACGAUGAAGGCAGAGCUCCGCCCACCAAGCUGGCUCUGCUGCAGCCCAGCCACGCCUCCUCCGCCUCAUCGCCACAGCAACAGACGGGAAGUAGCGCCGCCUCACUGCUCCUGGUUUGCCAAGACUCAGCAGCCCAUCCCACCCAGCCGGCCAAUCAGACACAGCGACAGACUGAUGGACAGCCAUUGGCCCUGAGGCGGCCCUACAAUCACCUGUCUGUGCCUGACGCCCCGUCCCCGGCUCAGGCUUCCCAUCAGCCCCUGGUGCUGCAGCAGUCGUCGCUUUUCGCCAGUGCUAAAGCUAACACGGUGUCCGCCCCCGCUGCUGUUGCCAUGGCUACCGCUCACCUGGCGACGGCCCCGAUUCAGGUGAAGGAGGAGAGCAGGCGGGGCUACGACUCCGAGGACACCUGCAUGGACACGCACCUGGAGGAGGAGGCGGAGCCCUGCGAGCGGGGAGGGGAGGAGCUUGAUAUCUCCUUCGACAGCCAGUUUCCUGACCUCAUCUCUGACCUCAUCACCGAGGAGGCCAAUCCUGUCGCAGCUCAGCCCGUCACCGCCACGCCAAACCCGGCCGUGUUCCCAGCGGGGGUCCGAUACAUGGUGCCCCCCCAGCCCUCACCCUCCUCCUCCUUCCUCCCCUUCCCUCACCCGCUGCCCUCCUCCUCCUCCACCCGCCUCGCCUCCAUCACUGAUUUCUCCCCAGAGUGGUCCUACCCUGAGGGAGGGGUGAAGGUUCUGAUAACAGGACCGUGGAGCGAGCUGUUGGGUCGAUACUCCUGUGUUUUCGAUCAGAGCACCGUCCCUGCGUCACUGAUCCAGCCUGGAGUGCUGCGCUGCUACUGCCCCGCCCACGAGGCCGGUCUGGUGUGUCUGCAGGUUCUGGAGUCCGGAGGUUCCAUCUCCUCUUCAGUUCUGUUCGAGUACCGAGCGAGGAACGCCAGCUCCCUGCCCAGCUCCCAGCUCGACUGGCUCUCACUGGACGAUAACCAGUUCAGGAUGUCAAUCCUGGAGCGGUUGGAGCAGAUGGAGCGCAGGAUGGCAGAGAUGGCUGCCCGUGACAACAACAACCAGCAGAAGCAGCAGCAGCAUCAACAGCAGCACGGCAACCAGCUGGCCACGCCCCCUCCUCCACCCCUACCUGAGGAGCAUGAACAGUCCUCUCAGUGGUUUGAGAGGAGGAUUGUGGGAGUGUGUGAGCGGAUGAUGAGGGUAGGACGAUGGGGAGGAGGAGGAGGAGGAGAGAGGCUUCAUCACUCUGUCCGUCACCGUGGGAUGACACUGCUCCACCUGGCCGCUGCACAGGGAUACACACACCUGAUCCACACUCUGAUCCACUGGAGGAGUGUGAACAGCGACAGUUUAGACCUGGAACAGGAAGUGGAUCCUCUGAAUGUCGACCACUUCUCCUGCACCCCGCUGAUGUGGGCAUGUGCUCUGGGCCACCAGAGGGCGGCAGAGCUCCUCUACAGCUGGAGCAGUCUGGCUCUGGGGAUCCCUGAUUCGCUGGGACGCCUGCCGCUCGCUGUCGCCCGCUCCCGAGGACACACCCGCCUCGCCACAGCACUGGAGGAGCUGCACACACAGCGCACGCACACACAUACACACACAACGCCCAGGGACACACACGCGUCCCGAGCAGACACGCACACAUCGGCCACGCCACAGCCGCCCUUGUCUCCUCUGUCCACCAGCCCGGACACAGGUCUGAGCUCCUCCAGCAGCCUCCCCUCCCCCAGUGACCCCUCCUCCCCCUCCCCGAGCUCCGCCUACUCCAGUGGCCCCGCCCCCAUGGACACCUCUCCUUCCUCUCCCUUCUCUCCAUCCUCCUCCUCCUCACUGCCUGUCUCCCCUCCCUCUGCCUCCUCUCUCUCCCUCUCCUCCCUCCCUCCUGUGUCCAUGUGGGGGGAGGAGCCAAACGCCGGCUUCAGCACAGGUUUGAGCCCCAGAGGCUCCAGAGACUCUCCUCUCUACCUCAUGGACUAUGAGAGCGCCUCCCCCGGCCACACACACUCUUACACACACGCGGCGGCUGGGCGGCGUUUGCACACGGCGGUGACGUUUGAGGAGCAGCUGCUGAGCUACAGCGAGAACGCCGAGAACGAGGGCGAGGAGGAGGAGUACCUGGAGGAGGAGGUGCUGCAGGUUGACAUGGCAACUCUGGCAGAGCAGAUCAUCGAGGCGACUCCUGAUCGAAUCAAACAGGAGGACUUCCCCAGGGGGGCGGAGUCACCGCUCAGAGGAAGAAGGGACAAUCCCGCCAUACAGGACACGUGGCUAGCUACCUACCUGGACACGGUCGACGCCCACACACACUCCCCGCCCAGGCGGAUGUGUCCCCCAUCCCCUCUCAGUGCGCUGGCCCUCCAGAGGCUCCGCCCCCCCUCCUCUGCAGCGUGGGCGGAGUUCCUGAACGCCUCGGCCAAUGGGAAGAUGGAGAGAGACUUUGCCCUGCUGACGUUGACGGACGGCGAGCAGAGAGAGCUGUACGAGGCGGCGAGGAUCAUCCAGAACGCCUUCAGGAGAUACAAGGGUCGGAGGUUAAAGGAGCAGCAGGACAUGGCUGCCGCCGUCAUCCAGAGGUGCUACAGGAAGUACAAGCAGCUAACAUGGAUAGCUCUGAAGUACGCUCUCUACAAGAAGAUGACGCAGGCGGCCAUCUUGAUCCAGUCCAAGUUCAGGUCGUACUACGAGCAGAAGCGUUUCCAGCAGAGCCGGCGAGCGGCCGUCCUCAUCCAGCAGUACUACCGCAGCUACAAGGAGUACGAGCGGCUCAAACAGGCGCCACGCGGCGCCGCCAGCCACAACCCCAAGAUCAAGGGCUCGUUCUUAACGAAGAAACAGGACCAGGCAGCCAGGAAGAUCAUGAGGUUCCUGAGACGCUGCAGACACAGGAUCAAAGAGCUGAAGCAGACGAGGGAGCUGGAGAGGAGAGGACUGACCACUUAAAGCAUUUCACCAUCUCUGCUCCUUCUGUCUCCCGGAGCAACGACACUGAGGAGAGGACGAGAGAGGAGAGACAUUUUACUCUGAACUACAA